UCCACUUUUCGUAAAUGGCUGCGUUAUCUGACAUUCCACAGUAUAUUUUUUCUUGUAUUGUUAAAGAUAGUUGCGGUUUAGAUAAUCAAGAUAAGUUUUUUGUUAGUUGUUACUGGCCAUAUAAUUUUUCCAGGAUUUAUUUUGUGUAUGUCGAAUAUAAUAUAACUUCAAGUGGUAAAGUAAAUUCAUGAGUCAUGCAGGGUAAACAAUUCGUUUAGUUUUGAAAGUGCAAGUCAAGCGAACUACGGAUGAAUAUAAACAUUUACAAAAUUUAUGUUUAUAUAUAUCACUCGUGAGGAAAUUUUAAACGGAAUGUUUAGUAUAAGUGAACUGUGCUGCAUGUUUUGCUGUCCACCUUGUCCUGGACCAAUUGCAGCUAAAUUGGCAUUCCAACCACCGGAACCCACAUAUAAGUUGACACCUGCUGACGAUUCAAAUGUAAAGUACAACUUGCAUUUAUUUGAUCGCGCAGAAUGGCAAUAUUCAGAACGUGAUAAAUCCAAAGUUGAAUCUUUCUUCACAAGGACAUCACGCGGAAAUCUUAUUACAUGCAUAUAUGUGCGAUGUAGUAGAAACGCAAAGUACACCUUGCUUUUUUCACAUGGGAAUGCAGUUGACUUGGGACAAAUGAGUAGCUUCUAUAUAUCUCUUGGGUCACAACUAAAUUGUAACAUAUUUGGCUAUGAUUAUUCUGGAUAUGGAAUGAGUGGCGGGAAACCUUCUGAAAAAAAUCUUUAUGCUGACAUCGAAGCGGCAUGGCAAGCUCUAAGGAACAGAUUUAAUAUCAGCCCUGAAACUAUUAUUUUAUAUGGACAAAGUAUUGGAACAGUCCCGACAGUUGAUUUGGCUACGAAGCAUGAAGUUGGUGCAGUUAUUCUUCAUUCUCCAUUAAUGUCUGGGCUGAGAGUCGUUUUUCGCAACACAAAGAGAACAUGGUUUUUUGAUGCAUUCCCAAGUAUUGACAAGGUUUCCAAAGUAAAAUCUCCAGUUCUGGUUAUACAUGGAACUGAUGAUGAAGUCAUAGAUUUUUCUCAUGGGAUCGGUAUAUAUGAGCGUUGUCCAAAAGCUGUGGAACCUCUAUGGGUCGAGGGAGCUGGCCAUAACGACGUGGAAUUGCAUUCACAAUACUUCGAGCGGUUAAAAAAAUUUUUAACAGUGGAGUUGGUUAAAUGACAAUUAAAGAAUCAUGAGGUUGAUCCUAACAAUUCCGGGGCAGUAGGAUCUUCUGCCGAAGCACCGCCGACAUCAUCUUUGGCGAUUAAAAGGAACUUAGAAGAAACCAGCAACUCAAGUCCAUUGGUUUUAAGCGGCCCAAUAAACAAUUUAAAAGACGAUAUUGAAGCUUCCACCUCAAGUUCAGUAUCAACUAAACCAUCGGUUGAAAAAUUUCUCUAGCAAGAAACAAACGGUUCUCACACAUUUCUCAAAAUUAAAGACAAAUCUCAACGAAAACUAAACGUUUUUAAGUCAUGUAAUAAAAUUCGACUGUCAGAGAAAGGCGAGAACCUACAUAAAAAAAUUUCGUCUUCCCAAUCAAAAGAAAUACUACUUAAAGAGAAUGAAAUGAGUGUGUGUGUAGUUGACAAGGCAUAUAAAAACGUUUCAUGCGAAGCGUUUAUAAUAUUUCUUCCUUUUUCCAAACAACUUUAUUCACACUUGCAAUAUGACAGAAAACAGUCUCAUGGUUACUUAUACAAUACAAUUAUAACUAAGUAUGAAAAUCCAAAACAUUUAAGCAACCAUUCUUAUACCAAGAAUUUAAAAUAUAACCGCCUGAUUUUCUUUCAUCCCAACAAGUGUAAAUCAUUCAAAUCAAGACCUAAAACAUCAUCACUGCCUCGUUAAAUUGUAUGCAGUUUGUAUUAAAUAGUAGAAAGAUAGACCAUUGUAGAAACGUGAGUUUGUUUUCAUCAAAUUAAAAACAGUGUCAAAUAAUUUCGCAUUUUAAAAAACUCACAAGGCCGAUAGCAAACAUCCUAUUUACUUGCCUAAUUAUCGGAGGGCAUAGUAUUUUCGACAAUUUGAGCUUCAAAAUCGCUUACAAAAUGAGAGAAAAUGAAGUGUUGCACGGUAUCCAAGAUCGAAUCGGAAACAUCAGAAAGUAAUACAAGACAAGGAAAUAGGAUAUGUCUUCACUUAUAAGUGAGCUAUUGAUGCUAGUAAUAGAGUUAAAUUAAUAUAAAAAAUGAAAUAGUUAUAUGUUAUUACGAUAUAUACGCUAUAUAAGUUAUACAAAUAGUUAGUUUUAACACUUAAUGGGUAAGAGAGAAUAGUAAUUUAGUAAAUACGCAUUUAUAAACACAUGCAAUAUACAUGUUGUUUUUGAAAUAAACCAUAUUGAUAAUUAAAGUUUAA